AUGGAGUUAAAUGCAUAAUAGUUAUCUGAAAUUAAAUAAGAACUCAAGAAAUUCUCUUCAAUCCCAAUUUCAAAAUCUUAUUCAUUAAUUGCUUAAAUUUAUAAGAGUGAUAUUGAAACUUAAGCAUUAAUUGAUAGCGAGAUAACAAAAAGUAUUGUACGUAUAGGACAUAAAAAAUAUACAGAAGAUGAUGAAGAGAAAUAUGCAAAAGCUAUAAAAAUAUGUAGAAAAUUAGUGAAAUAAUGGAAAUAAUUAAUUAUAACAAAUGAUUAAGCUAUUACAGAUCAUAUUAAAAAAGAUGAGUCUAAGAAAGAUUUAUAAAGAAAUGUAUAAAAAUAAAAAUAAGUGAAAGUUGAUGAACCUAUAAUCUAAAAGAAAGUGAAAUAAGAAUAAGAGAAAAAAGAUAUUAAACCAAUUUAGCAUAAAAAUGGAAAUUCACUUAAUACAAAAUUAUAAAAUAAUGAUAGUUAAAAUGGGAGUGGUGAAUUUGUAGAUGAUGAAAAAAGAAAAAAGGCUGUUGAAGGAUUAAAGAAAUAUUUUUAUCAAUAGACAUAAAAUGAAGAAGUGGAAUGGUCAAAAAAAAUAGAAUAAACAAUUUAUGAUCUUUACAAAUAAUAAGUUUAGAAUUAUAUGGAUAAAGUAAAAUCAGUUGUAAAAUUGAUUGAUAGAAAUGCAGAAUUUAGAAGUAAAUUAUUGAAUGGUGAAUAUGAUCUUGUGUCUGAAAUUAGAAAAUUAAAAUGA